GUGAGGGGGGACCUUUUUCUCUCUUUCAUAUUAUAAUGAGCGUCGACGACAACUUGUCUAUAUCUUUUGCUUCAAGUAUAGGCAUUGAUAAUAUCAAGGAUGAACAUUUGAAUAAGAAUAAUCUGUACACGGAUUUAGAUCAGUUGGAAAAAUCCGUCGACGCUGAAUUCGAACAUUAUAUGAAUCAGGCACGGUCCUUUCCUUUCCAGGAGCAAGAGCAAGAACGAAAUCGUGAGCAUCCCGAUCUAAAAGACGCCUCUGUUCAUUCCGACUUUGAAAUAUUGGGUGCUGAAAUAUUGAAUCAAGUGAAUGAUGAGCUUGAUUUAGAUAACGAUUCAUGGCAUCGGUAUUUAGAAAAUAACAAUGCAGACGACCUUUAUAAUGUAAAACCUCUUCGAAAUAAUACCAACGAUUUCCCAAGGGAAGAGGAUAGUGGACAUACUUCUCCUGGUGAAUACUUUGGAGCAAGGUCGUUGCCUUUGAAUUCAUUGAAUUUUCAACAAAACGAUGAAUUUCCCUUAGAUUCACAGCAAGAAGAGAGAUCCCUUCCUUUAGAUUCUUCAGACUAUCGACAGGAGAGAUCAUUUCCUUUAGAUUCACCAAAAUAUCAGCACGAAGAGGCAUCUCUCCCUCCAAACUCGUCUGAAUAUCAACAAGAGCCCUUAAGUUUAUCAGACUUUGAUCGGGAUCAGUUACGAGAAUUGAAUUUGUCUUUUGCAUCAUCUAUAAAAGAGACGCCUGUUAAGACAAGGAUGCAGCGGUUAAUAGAGGCGCGAUUUAAAUCUUUACCGAAAUCACUUGGUCUUUUUCCAAAGUACGAAAUACCCGAAAUAGAACUACACCAUCCAUACACCCAAAAGAAACAAAGGAACCAAUCCACAGGCUCCUCUUCCAUCUCAUCCACACGUCAGCAAUUCGCUUCGGGAGAUCAGCAGCCAAAAACAACUACCGACAGUUUAAGCAGUUUUCAUUCAUCCAGACCGACCAACAGUGAUGAGGAAUGCACGAUUGAACCUGCCUCCUUACACUUUUUAUGUGAAAUGUCGCCAAAAACGAUCUAUGCCAAAGUCAUCAAUUUGAAAAUCAAAAAUCCUAGUCCGAAUACAGUGCGAAACUUUUCCAUCUUUUCACAGGGGAACCUGUUGGAAUUUGAAGUGAACGAAGGUAUGAUUCUAGAGCAUGAAGUAGUGCAAGUGCUGGUCAAGGUACGAUCCAAUGCUUUAUUAUCCUAUCGACGUCAGCAAGAGCCGCUUGACGAAUAUCCAUCUUUACAUGAUAAAGUGUUGGUAUUGAUCGAUCAUCAGCAAGUAAAUCAACUGGAGGUGAGUAUUGAUUUCAUGAGUUUAGAAGAUGAUGAUGAUGAUGAAGAAGAGGAGGAGGAGGAAGAGGAAGAGGAAAAAGAGUGCGGUAGACCAAAGUGUCGAUACUGUGCACUUGAAAAAGGAUAUCCAUUACAUUCUCUUUAA